AUGGAUGCAUUUCAUGUACGUAACACCUACGCACAGUUGGACAUGUUGGGAGUGAAAGGCGACGGCUAUGACGAAGGAGUUGAGCGAACACGAGCUCGGAUAGGUGCAAGCCGUGCAAGCCAGCUUUGUGCAGAGGCAGCCUUAGGCGACGGAACAGAAAAGUCGAAAGAGUUGGAUGAACAAGAAAUACAGACAUUAGCAAACGUUGACCGCUAUGGGUUUUUUAAUGUCCCAUCCCACGAUCGGUUAAUAUUACUGCCUACCGCACCUCUGCUUAAACGACUUAGCCGGACAACUGCGGGCCCACCCGCUACUUCCCCGUCUGCCUCGUCCCUAGACUCAUUACCACCCACACCCAUCCCUGUUAAAGAGGCUUCUCGUAUCGCUAAGUGGACCCGAAUGUUAGAACCCGAACAGCGCGACGAAGGCGCCAACGUCCAAAUAUGGCGGGUGAAGCCUUCCAAGGGCCUGAAAUUAUCAGAACGCACGUACAAAGGCAUUCCAGACCGGUGGCGCUCUGCUGCAUGGGAUUUGCUCUUGAGGAGGUUUUCGAGGACUGGAAAUGCGGAGACGACUAAGCUAUGCAGAGACUAUCGUGACGCUCUGGAUAAGCCAUCGAGUUACGACAUCCAGAUAGAUUUGGAUGUCCCACGGACGAUUGGGGGCCACAUAAUGUUUCGAACAAGAUACGGCGCAGGGCAACGAUCAUUGUUCCAUGUUCUUCAUUGCUUCUCAUUACGUUGUUCACAAUGUGGCUAUGUCCAGGGCAUGGGUCCCAUUGCCGCUACGUUACUAUGCUACUUCGAUCCUGAACAUGUCUACGCCUCGUUGGUCCGUUUACACGAUUCAUAUGCGCUCCAUAACAUCUUCAGCCCUGGGUUCCCUGGACUAUUGGAGGCAAUAUACGUUCAAGAGAGAAUAACAGAAAACAUGAUGCCUGAUGUUUAUGCCGCUUUUAAAAAGCAUAUGGUCUCGACCACGUCCUACGCAACGAAAUGGUAUAUCACGCUCUUCGCCAACUCGGUCCCUUUCCAGACCCAACUGAGACUAUGGGAUGCCUUCCUAUUAGAAGGACAAGACCUUUUCAUCGCUGUGGCCGUGUGUAUCGUCUGGGUAUAUCGGGAUCAUAUCACGUCGUCCAAUGCGAACUUCGAAACUGUGCUAUCGCUUCUAUCGUCCUUCUUUGUUCCCGAAGACGAAAAUGCCGUUCUAUUCUGGAUAGAAAAGACCCUUGGGGACAAGAAGCUGCGGUCGAACAUGGCCAAGUGGAGAUUGGAUUGGCGAAGGCUAGUUGCUGAGGGCAAGGAUGUCAGUGCGCUGCUCUGA